CGGGGCUGUCAGUCAGAGCGACGGAGAGCUGGUGCGUGGAGAGUGACGAGAAGCUGGUGACUGGAGGAGCAGAGAGGAGAAUGGAACAGAACCGUCAGCACGAGCAGCUGAGACCCCUCCUGAGCCUGCGUCAUGAUGAAGAAGCUAUUGUGGACUUGGGUAAAACGAGUACAGUUGUCAAUACAAACUUUGAAACUGAGGAGCUAGAAAGCCACAGGGCUGUGUAUAUUGGGGUACAUGUACCGCUUGGUAGACAGAGCCGAAGACGCCACAGACACCGUGGACAUAAACAUCAUCAUCGAAAAAAAGGAAAAGAUAAGGAAAGUGAUAAAGAUGAUGGUCGAGAAUCUCCAUUAUAUGAUACCCCAUCUCAGCGUGUCCAGUUUAUCCUGGGAAUAGAAGAUGAUGAUGAGGAACACGUGCCCCAUGAUCUCUUCACAGAACUGGAUGAAAUUUGCUUCCGUGAUGGGGAAGACUGUGAGUGGAAAGAAACAGCCAGAUGGCUGAAGUUUGAGGAGGAUGUGGAAGAUGGAGGAGAGCGAUGGAGUAAACCUUAUGUGGCUACUCUCUCUUUACAUAGUCUGUUUGAGUUGAGAAGCUGCAUAUUAAAUGGAACAGUCAUGUUAGACAUGAGAGCGAGCACCAUAGAGGAAAUAGCAGAUAUGGUGCUGGACAACAUGAUAGCAUCUGGACACCUGAAUGAGACCAUGCGAGACAAAGUGCGGGAAGCACUUCUAAAAAAGCAUCACCACCAGAGUGAGAAGAAACUGAGCAACCGCAUCCCUAUAGUUCGCUCCUUUGCAGAUAUAGGCAAGAAACAUUCUGACCCUCACUUGCUUGAGCGAAACGGGGAAGGCCUUUCUGCCUCCCGUCUUUCACUCCGAGCUGGCCUUUCUGCUUCAAGUCUUUCCUUAAGAGGACCUUCUCGUAUUUCUGUUGCAUUUGGUUCAUUUCUACCUGGUACCAAGGGUGGAUCCCCAGCAGGUUCAAGGUGUGCAACUCCCAUGCUCACCCCUCAAAAUACACCACCCUCCACUCCAGUACUCGAGCAUCGCUCUCAGGGUCAAAGCCAAGUACUGGUGUCUUGUGCCGGUGACGAUAUUCCUGAUGUGAUAGUUCACCCCCCCGAAGAAGAUUUAGAGGUACAGGAAGGACAGGUGAAAGUACAUGAAGAAUGUGAACAGAGAGCAGGACUUCUAGCAUCUCCUCAUUCUGCGCCAGGAAUCUUGGAAGCUAAGUGUGUGGAAAGUAAAACAACUGGUCAUAGCGCAAGCAGAGAAAAUAGCACAGUAGACUUCAGCAAGGUGGACAUGAACUUUAUGAGGAAGAUUCCACCAGGUGCUGAGGCAUCCAAUGUCCUGGUGGGAGAGGUGGAUUUCCUUGAGAGAUCAAUCAUAGCCUUUAUUCGACUGUCUCCUGCCAUUCUUCUCACAGGACUCACAGAAGUCCCUAUUCCAACAAGGUUUUUGUUUCUGAUGUUGGGUCCAUCUGGAAAAGCACAGCAGUAUCACGAGAUUGGUAGAUCGAUAGCUACUCUAAUGACAGAUGAGGUUUUUCACGAUGUUGCUUACAGAGCAAAGGAUCGUACAGACCUACUGGCAGGAAUUGAUGAAUUUUUAGAUCAAGUUACUGUUCUCCCACCAGGCGAAUGGGACCCUUCCAUACGAAUUGAACCACCAAAAUGUGUUCCUUCUCAGGAAAAAAGAAAGCUUCCUCCUCUUCCAAAUGGUUCACCGCUUAUUAAUGAGAUGCAGAAACAUGUGGAGGAUCACACCGGGCCAGAACUUACACGUACUGGAAGGUUCUUUGGUGGCUUAAUACUUGAUGUCAAACGGAAAUUGCCAUUUUACUUGAGUGACUACAAGGAUGCAUUUAGCCUGCAGUGCCUAGCUUCCAUUCUUUUCCUUUAUUGUGCCUGCAUGUCUCCUGUCAUCACAUUUGGAGGGUUACUAGGAGAAGCUACAGAUAAUAAAAUAAGUGCAAUAGAAUCUCUCCUUGGAGCCUCAAUGACAGGAAUUGCCUAUUCAUUAUUUGCUGGACAGCCACUUACAAUAUUGGGAAGCACAGGACCCGUUCUGGUUUUUGAAAAAAUAUUGUUCAAAUUCUGCAAGCAGUAUGGUCUUUCGUAUCUCUCACUUCGUGGCAGCAUUGGAUUGUGGACUGCAUUCCUCUGCAUCGUAUUGGUUGCUACUGAUUCAAGUAGUCUGGUUUGCUACAUAACCCGCUUUACAGAAGAAGCCUUUGCUGCUCUUAUUUGUAUUAUAUUCAUUUAUGAAGCAUUGGAAAAGCUGCUAGACCUGGGAGAGAAAUAUCCAAUUAAUAUGCAUGAUGAUCUGGAGAAGCUAACCCAAUACUCGUGCGUCUGUGCUGAACCAACUUAUCCUGUAAAUCAGACUGUGGAUUUCUCAAUUCAAAAUAAUAUAACAGCAUGGGGGAAUCUCACUGCAAAAGAAUGCCAAGACAAUGGUGGGACUUUUGUCGGAUUAGCCUGCGGGAAACACGGUCCUUAUGUUCCUGAUGUUCUCUUUUGGUCGAUAAUUUUAUUUUUCUCAACAUUUUUUCUUUCCUCCUUCCUGAAACAAUUCAAAACCAAACGGUAUUUUCCAACAAAGGUCAGAGCUCUCAUCAGUGAUUUUGCUGUGUUUCUUACCAUACUUAUUAUGGUACUGAUUGAUUUCCUUGUUGGAAUUCCUUCUCCUAAACUUCAAGUACCUGAUCAGUUCGAGCCUACCCAAAAGGACCGCGGUUGGCUCAUAGACCCACUUGGAGAUAACCCUUGGUGGACAAUGCUUGCUGCUUGUGUACCUGCCUUGCUUUGCACUAUCCUUAUUUUCAUGGAUCAACAGAUCACAGCAGUUAUAAUUAACAGGAAAGAACACAAACUGAAGAAAGGGUGUGGUUAUCACCUUGAUCUGAUGAUCGUGGCAGUCAUGUUGGGGAUCUGUUCAAUUAUGGGUCUUCCCUGGUUUGUGGCUGCUACUGUCCUCUCCAUCAGCCAUGUCAACAGUCUGAAAUUGGAAUCAGAGUGUUCUGCACCAGGAGAACAGCCGAAGUUCCUUGGUAUUCGAGAGCAAAGAGUCACCGGCUUAAUGAUAUUCAUCUUGAUGGGAUUGUCCGUCUUCAUGACUUCUGCUCUAAAGUUUAUCCCAAUGCCAGUUCUGUACGGUGUCUUUCUCUACAUGGGUGUUUCUUCGUUGAAGGGCAUUCAGUUUUUUGACCGUAUAAAGUUGUUUGGGAUGCCUGCUAAACACCAACCUGACUUAAUCUACCUGCGCUAUGUACCACUAUGGAAGGUGCAUAUCUUCACAAUAAUUCAGCUCACUUGCCUUGUCGUCCUCUGGGUUAUUAAAACUACAUCUGCUGCAGUUGUCUUUCCUAUGUUGGUUCUUGCUUUGGUGUUUGUCCGUAAACUCAUGGAUUUCUGCUUCACAAAGCGAGAACUUAGUUGGUUGGACGAUUUAAUGCCUGAAAGUAAGAAAAAGAAAUUAGAGGAUGAGCAGAAGAAGAAAAAAGAAACUGAGGAAGCUCAAAGGAUGCUUGAAGUAGCACAAAGUGGGACAGUACAGCUGCCUUUAGAAGGUGGCAAUAUUCUGAAGAUUCCAGUAAAAAGUAUUAAAUACAGCCCAGAUGAUCCUUCAGUUGUAAACAUAUCCGAUGAAAUGGCCAAAACUGCUGUGUGGAAGGCUCUUGCAAUGAAUGCCGACAAUGCCAAAGUUGUGAAAGUUAAUCAGAGCCCUGAAAACCCAGUGGAUAUCAAAAUUUGUGUUGAAGAGGUGCCCUCAAGAAAUGUCCUUGAUGCUGAAACAUCUGUAUAAAUGUAUUGUAUUCUUCUCAGCCAGUAAGACUUUCCUUUACAAAGCCACUACUUGAGCCAGAACCGAGCCGUUGCAUCCUUUUCAGGAAAUGGAAACGUGUUUCUGGACCUGAUCGGUGUCUCAAUUGGAUUGAGAAUUUUCUGACCACAGUUUCGCCCCUGUACUAUUGUUAUGUUGCUUGCACUUCUGGCUACAGUUUCAUCUUUAAAAAUGUCUAAGCUCCUUAAAUUUUAUAAUAUUGGUUUAUGGGUAUGAGGAAGUAAGGAGCAAUAGACCGGUACAAAGAAGUGCAUCUACACUUUCUUUUUGUUUGGUAUUGCUGCAGUCAAAUGAUAAAUGAGGAAUCGUUUUAAAAAGUAGAAAAUGGGUCACAAUGGAAAGUGGUACAGUCUCACAAAAUUGUAUAGAUUGCAUAAAUAUACUCCAGCAAUUUUCUCCGUAGUCCUGUGACUACUGUUAUGAGUAGUAACCAUUUUAACCAAAUUUACUUUCGUGUAUCAUUGGCCAGUGGUGCUAAGGCAUUACAAAGGUAUCUUUGAAGUAGGAUACAGUAACAAGUGGUUUGAUAGGAUUGAACAAAAGAACAUGUGUUUAAAUGGUCUGCCGUUCAUGAGAUGUGUAGUUCUUAGUUAUACUGGCAUGGUUCUAGAUUUUGUACUGUUGAAAUUAUUUUUUACCAAUGAUUUGUCAGUAUUAUAAUACUGAUUUGUGAUUCUACAUCUGAAAUGUUUACAUUUGAUUUUAGUCAGUCUAAUAUACUGCGAAUGCUUCCGGCGGCAUUGCUGUUUGUUACAUGUUUUUAUUUAUUUCUAUUUUGAGUAAUUGUCAAAUGAUUCAAAAUUGCCAUUCUGUAUGGAAUACAAAGAAAAAUUGGUUGAUUUUAUAACACUGUAGUUUUUUGUCUUUGUAUUUUAGAUAUCUAGAUUAAACACUUUCAAUGAGCAGGAUUGUAGUUAUAGUUAGAGCCAUCUCAGGAAACCGUAGCCUUCCUCCGUGUCCAUGUUGCCAUGCUUUUACACGCUUUGUGGAAUCAUUUUCACAUUGUUUUGUCUUCCAGAAUAGAUGAAGGUUUUUUUAAAAAAUAUAUUUUUAAGAUUUAUUUUAGGCAUUUUUUAGAAGUGAAAGAAAAUGAAUUUGCUUUUAAUUGGAAAUGCAAUACCGAUGCAAUGGAAAUGAUGACAUGCAAACACAGAAAAAUAACUGCCAAGCAGAUAGCCAGCACUGAAGAACAUACAGGAAGGAACAUUUUGUGUAUUAAUUGGUUUGGAUCACAUUGCUCUUCUGUGUAUAGAAAUUCCACCAAUGCUUAAAAGUAAACAUUUUCUGUUUCUUUUAUUAAAUGCAAAAAUUCUAAUCACUGUAACUGAAUAAUUUUGAGUUUGCAUAAUAUAACGAUGGAUGUGAAUUAUAGAAACUUAUUUUAAUUGAGUGUCAUUUGAUGAAUUGAAGAUUUCUAUUUAAUUUUCUAGGUUAUACUAUGAAUAAUUAGUGUUGUGUUGAUACUGUUGACUGUUAGAUACUAAAUACAGUAUGAGAUUUUAACAGCUUGAAAAACUGGUUGCUGACAGAGACAGUUGAAUCCCAUUUGUUCAUUUUUUAAAAAAAUCUGCACAGUUGAUGGUAAUGUUGUGUCUUCCUGCAUUCUGCAUAAUUAAUCACAGAACAAAUAGAUUCCUUAGUAUUCAUCUUUCAUAAAAUUGUCUUUCAGAUAAUUAUGGUUCACAUUUUUAUGACUGAAUUUGUAAGUACAACAGUGACUUCACUUAUUUUUGUAAUGAUACCCAAAGCGAGGUAAAAUGUAAAAAAGUUACAGUAAUUCAUGGUUUUAGUUAAACAAGGAUGUAUCUAUGUCCCAAGUUUUGUUUCUUAGUUAUGGACAGUGUCCUGCCUUCAGCUGUUGGAUAUUAGAGGAAAAUACUAUUUUUUGUAAUGUCCUAUCUGUUAACAAAGCAAUAAAGUCUCUUAUUGUGUUAUGU